CUCUCCUCCCCGGGUUUUUCUCUUCUUCGUAAACCUCGAAGACGCGCGCUCACGCACUUCGUUUCGCUCUCCUGUUUCAUUCUCUCCGCUGUCCUUUCUCUCUCGCUCUCUGUCCCUGUGUCCCUCUCUCUUCUCUAGCAGCGGAGAUCUAUGGCGGAUCACGCCGGUGAGGCCGAGCCGUCUCUCAUGGAGAAGGUCUCCGAGAUGAUCCAUAACCACGACGGUUCUUCUUCGUCUGACUCUGACGAUGAUAAGCCCUCCGCUGUCGAUACCAUGAAAUCGAAAGUCUACAGGCUCUUCGGUCGUGAAAAGCCCGUCCACAAGGUCCUCGGCGGCGGCAAACCUGCUGAUAUUUUUCUCUGGAGGGACAAGAAAAUUUCAGGAACUGUGAUUGGUGCUGCCACUGCAAUAUGGAUUCUCUUUGAGCUGCUGGAGUACCAUUUGAUUGCUCUUGUUUGCCACAUAGCAAUUGUUGCACUCGCUGUUCUUUUCGUGUGGUCUAAUGCAACGAACUUUAUCCACAAGUCCGCACCCCACAUUCCGGAUGUUGUAAUUCCUGAGAAAUGUGUGCUGGAAGUGGUCUCUGCGCUAAGAUUUGAAAUUAAUAGGGGGUUAGCUAUCUUGAGGGAGAUAGCUUCCGGAAGAAAUGUGAAGCAGUUUCUUGCUGUUGUUGUGGGCUUGUGGGUCGUAUCUGUUGUGGGGAGCUGGUUCAACUUUGUUACCUUGUUCUACAUAAUUUUUGUCUUGCUGCACACUGUGCCGGUGUUGUACGAGAAAUUCGAGGACCAGGUUGAUGCCUUCGGUGAGAAGGCAAUGAUUGAGAUCAAGAAGCAGUAUGCAGUCUUUGACGAGAAGGUCUUGAGUAAAAUACCAAAAGGACCGUUGAAAGACAAGAAGAAAGAUUAGAGUCGCUCCCUUGGUAUGCACUUAGGCUUUUAAUCACCAGAGAGAGGGGAAAGGAAACUUUAGAUAUGUCCAAGUUCAAACACUCAUGCUACUUGGCACAAGGCAUGGAGCCGAGGCUUUUAUCUUAUUUAUGACCGUUGGAUGUUUGUCUUUCGCCGGUGCUCUCUUGCUAUGUAGUUCUCUCUACAAUGGAUAAAAUGUGAGUUUGGCUCGUGUAGUUGAUCAA